AUGAGGUGCGGUGUGGCGUGCGUCCUGUUGGCACUUGCGCUGUGCUGCGUGCACUUGUCGCUCUCUGAGGCAGCUGCGCCAUCGUCUGCUCGUACUCGUGCUUCCGUGGCUGAUGGUGCUCCUGUUGCGAAUGCUACUCCUGCAGUGGUGCCGGAUAAUAUAAAUGAAGUGCUGGAGACAGCCCUGAAAGCAAAGCUGAAGGCGCAGGCAGAGUUGACGGAGGCCAGAGGGUACUGCCUGGAAGCGAAGCAGAGCUCUGAUAAGGCGUUGGAGGAUGAGAAGAAGGCUGAGGAGAUUUUGAAGAAGCUUGACGAGGGGGCCGUUGUGCUGAGCAGGUCGCUGCUGCAUGCGAAGGAAGGUGCAGCGGCUGUUGCCGGAUGCGAACGGCGAAUUUGGUUGUGCUGA